AUGCUCGUCGGAUUAUCAAUUAUUGUUCUAGGACUUGCAUGUCUUAUGAUACUUGAACGUCUGUUUCCAGAUCAACCAUUGGUAUACGUACCUGGCUGGUGGAAACGUGUGCUAUUGAUCAAUAUAUACCAAUUAAUAAUCGUUGUUGUUGGUACUUAUACAUGGGAAACUUGGCUGCCCGAUGCACACCUAUUUCAACUACGAUACUAUGUUUCACCGAUGGUGGGUGGUAUUAUUGCUUACCUGAUUCACACAUGGGUAUUCUACUGGUUCCAUCGUGCUCGACAUAAUGUGUACUUUCUGUGGUUGUGGUUUCAUCAAUUACAUCACAGUGCGCAGCGUAUCGAAGCAAUUACGUCGUUUUACAAAGCACCACAAGAAAUUCUCAUCGAUUCGAUCAUUAUGACCGUCUUAUUGUAUCCCGUGCUUGGCCUCUCUCGUGAUUCGAGUGUUUGGUUAGCAGCAUUGGCUGCAUUUGGUGAGUAUGUUUAUCAUAUGAAUAUUCGAACACCCAGAUGGCUUGGUUACAUUUUUCAACGACCAGAAUCUCAUCGUAUUCAUCAUUUACGUAAUAAACGUGAUCAUAGUAAAAACUAUGGUGACCUACCAAUAUGGGAUAUUCUCGGUGGCACGUUUGAGAAUCCAGAUCGAAUGGAUCGACCAACGGGCUUUGCACCUGAAGUAGAAAAUCGAGUAUGGGAAAUGAUUGCUGGUCGUGAUGUACUUCUAUCAGACAAACAAAAAACACGACAGGCUUACAAGCAACGGUAUACAUUCAGCAGUAUCAUCGCUAUUCUAUGGAUUAUUCUUGGUCUCGGUCAAUCCGUUGGAUAUGUUUUCAAUAUGCCUAAAAUACGUGGUCUUAGUUUCGCAACGGUUGCGUCUCCAUUACCUUUAGUUUUCUCUGUUGCACCAAACGGUAUGGAAACAUUCUCCACAACUUUUCGCCUACAAGUAUUCGAACGAUUAGAGAGAGAAUGCUUGGGCAAUGCCGAAUGCGAAGACGAUCGUAUCGUACAGGACAAAAUCUUAACUCCCCAACUCUACGGUACACUCAACGAUAAACCGUACAAUCUACGCAAUGCAUACGGCGUUCUUUUCUCUCACGGACCUUUUUUUCAAGACGAGAAAACCAUCGCUCUGCGUGAUCGCGUGCUAAAGCAUAGUCUCUGCGACAAUGGUCCGUUAGCACGUGCCUUUCACUUACCAAUGAACACGAGUCGUAUUGUUGUACACGUACAUUCUAAUACGAAAACUCAACGACCAGAACAUCAGCCUGACUGGAUUAUGAACAUCGUCUGUAGGUAA